AUGAGGAGGAAGAACUCGCAGGCGAAGAGCCGCGCAAAGCGCCUCGUGAGCAGUCGGUUGUCUGUUCGGUUCGUUUGUUUGAUUGCCGCCGCGUGUUUCUCCCUGAGGCUCGCGCAGUCCUCGUCCGAGCGGCGUCCGGUGUUCUACUUCAUCGGCGACUCCAUCACCGAGUACGGCAGCAACCCGGCCAAGCGCGGCUUCGUCACGACCGUGCAGCACCAUCACGUGCGAGCUGUCGACUGCGUCAACCGCGGCCUCUCGGGCUACAAUACCAAAUGGGUGCUGGAGCACGCGAUGCCCGUUUACGUGACCGAGCUGCAGGCCGCGUACUCGGCGUCCCUUGUGACGGUCUUCCUUGGGGCCAAUGACGCCGUGCUCGAGCACGGACCCGACGCUGCGCAGUUCGUGCCCCUGGAGGACUAUCGAGCCAAUCUGCACGAGAUCGUGCAACGCGUGCGCCCCCUGUUGGCUCCUCACGGCCAAGUGCUUCUGAUCACGCCGCCCUGUGUCAUUGACUCGAUGCGUCAAGGGGACCGCAGCGACGCCUCAGCGGCCAAGUACGCGGAAGCGUGCGUCCAAGUGGCUGCGGCCGAGAAUGUCCAUGUGCUGGACCUGCACACGUACUUCAACACGAUGUACCCGGCGGAGAGUGCUCGCAAAGCGUUCUUUGUGGACGGACUGCACUUGUCGGCACAGGGCAAUGAGGAAGUGGGCAAGUUGCUGGGAGUCGCGAUCAACGGCAUGUUUGGGAAAGACGAACUGGCGAGGUUUGCCAAGUGGCAGUUGCCGGACUGGAAGGAUUUGGUUCCUCGCGUCCCCGGAGCGGAGUCGCAGUUACUGGGCGGGGCUGCGACUGGAGUCGCUCGGGGGUGA